CUUUAUUGGGGUAAACUGUUGGAUUCCUGUCGUCGGGCAAGAUCCGGUUUUAUGAUUUUUUAAGUUAAUCCUCUGAAAAAAACUGAAAAUCCCGGUAGAAACUGAAUAAAAAAAUUAUAUAAUUUUGAACAAGCAAGGAAAAUUUAAAAAAAAUUUAUUUUUAACCCUCCGCAAAACAUUUUGAAAAAAUAUUUGUUUCGCCGUGUGUUAGGCUUACCAUUUUAGUCUCUUUUGAUACUGGCAAUUGCUUGCCAAUUAAAAAAAAAUAAAACUAGGGAAUAUCGGACUUAAAGUUUUUGAUGUGCUCGACGCUCGCUCCGUGCAUAUUCAGUUUAUGCUUUAUAUCAAAAUUUAAUUCGAAUUGACGACAUAACCUCAGAAAGGAUGUUCUUAACCACACUUGAAAUCAAUUUGUUCCCCAAAAUUCACUUUCCCCUUCACCCCAUAUGCGACUAUAGUGUAAACGGGGCUUGAUGAUGCCGGGAUAAUAGCAUGUUCCCAUAACUUUUUGGUGUAAUAAGGUUUUUUGCAGAAGUAGGACCCGUAAAUUAGGAUUUAUCUCAAAUUCGGUCACACCAAAACGAAUAAGAACGCAGCUUUCGCGAUUUGAAACCAAAUGAGAGGGGUGUGAGAAGGAUCAGCUGAUUGAUAUCGAAAGUGAAGCUAGCAAAAUGCCGCGAAUUGAGAAAAAUCACCUGAAAUCCACGCCAGAGGCCGGAGCUGGAUCUCCCGGAGAAGCCUCGUCAGUGGCCGUGGCGGCGGAUGCCACCGAAACGGAGGAACUGGUGAAGCAGCUCCUGGGAAUGGGCUUUCCGGAGGGCCCUGCCCGCAUUGCGCUGGCCGGAUGCAACAACAACGUGGAGCUGGCGGUACAGCUUUUGGUCGCGGGCGAGGACUCCAGAAAGCAGCGUCGCGGUCACCAAGGGAUGCGACAGCUGCGCAGAUCCCUUUUGGGGACCCCCUUCUCCACGAACAAAGCCAUCGAGGAGAUGAUGCGGAACAGCUACACCGUACAGGGACUUACUGAUUCUGUGGCCAAGAGCGGCGUGGAGGCCAUGCAGCUGCUGCUCGCCGACGAGGACCUUGGCUCGGAGUCCCCUUCAUCUGCUGAAAGCUCGUCGGCCAGCGACUCAGCUGAGAACUGAUCUUCGUACCGCUCAGCUCUAUCUCUCUUUUGAUAAAUGUUAAAUUUGUAAAGAAUAUCCUUUGCCACGUACCACUCUUAAUUUAAUAUAUCUUAAAGUGUACCAGUUUGUAACAAAAGGGCGCUUUUUUCUUUGAUCUUUUCCUAUGUUCUAGACUCAGAUUUUAAAGCUCCUAUUUUUGAAAAUAUUACUUUUAAAGUUUCAAAAGAUAAGAGUUCAGUUUCAUAAAGUGUUCAACAUUCAAAUACCCAAUGGAAUCUUGUAAAAUAAAUUUUUAAAGAUAAAGCUAAUAGAAGCUAAUAGAAGAAGAAUUGAACAUUAUAAACUAUAAACUUUUUUUUUUCACUUUCAACAUAAAUAAUGAGAAAGAAUUUAAACCAUAAGAAAUGUGAAAUGAGAAAGGAAUAUUGUUUUUAUCAUUGUAAUAAAGAACCAUAAGGUUGAAAUACAUACAUA